UUUGGCCACGGUUUAGCGCCCCACUAAGGUCACGUACGCAGUGUGGCCCACUCAAAGGUCUUAACGUACUACUACCUACCACCACCACCACUACUACUAUCACUACCAUCACCACCAUCACUCUUCUUCUUCAUCGUGGUUGUCGUCAGCGUUGAGUCGGUCGAUGUAUUAGGAUGUCGAGCAAGAACAAUUCUCGGUUCUCUACUCUCAAAGUAUUCAAGUUUAACAAGGAGAGAUCACCACCACCGCCUCCUCCCAAGGACGAUCAACACUUUCAACAGGGAUUACAAGUACAAGGAGGUCCUUAUGGUUCAAGCAAAUCGCUUUACAACCCAAGCGUAACUUCUUUGUCUCCUCCUAGCGACCUACUACCAUCACUACCAACAACGCCUGACUACAACCGGGCCUCACCUGAGUCCGCUCCUUCAGUCCGUUCUUUUGGUCCUGCAAUGUCUAUAGAGAGCGAGAAAUCAAAGCGAAGCUUAUUCAAGUUCUCGUCAAUGGGCAAGCGUAAUAAAUCAACGAGGAAUCUCAUAGAAACAGAAGAUCCCGAGCCUCCCCAAGAGGAUGAGAGCAUAUCUAAACCAUGGAAUUUUCAGCAUCAUAUUCAUGUUGACGAGGGGUGAGUAUCCCCUUCUUGUGCUCUACGACCCUAACCCUUUUU